ACCCAUGCCUUAUCUCCUCCAUUCCCUCUCUCAUAUGCUCACUUCUUACCCCCUCUUUCUUCAUGGCAGCCCCCCACCAGCCCCACCUACAGACUCACACCCGCCACCACCUUUUCCCCUCAAAAGACUCUCUCUCUGAAACCACCGCCACCACCACCACUCCCCCCCCCUACUUUCUCUCUCUAAAAACGACAUCCCCAAGAUGCUCCCCCACCAUCACCUUUGCCACCAAUCCCACCACCACCAUGAACUCCUCCCUUUCUCUGUCUACAAACCAACAAACAAUCUCCUACGACCUCCUUGAAGAACAUCUCUCUAACAAACAAUUCAGAGAGGCUGAUGAGGAGACCCGGCGCCUCCUCAUCCAACUAGCCGGAGAGCAAGCACAAACGCGGAAGUAUGUUUUCUUCUCGGAGGUCAAAUUCAUUGGAGCUUCGGAUUUACAGGCCAUUGAUAAGCUCUGGAGUACUCAUAGCAAUGGAAAAUUUGGUUAUAGUGUUCAAAAAAAGAUAUGGGAAAAGGUAGAGAGAGAUUUUACAAAGUUUUUUGUGAAGGUGGGUUGGAUGAAAAAGCUUGAAACUGAGGUUGAGCAAUUUGGGUACAGGUCUUUUCCUACUGAGUUCAUGUGGGAGCUCAAUGGUGAAACACCAGAGGGCCACUUGCCUCUAACCAAUGCUUUGAGGGGAACACAAUUGUUGUACAGUAUUCUCACUCAUCCUGCUUUCGAGGUGGAAGAAGAGCAAGAGGAAGAGGUAGAUGUGAAAACAGAGGACGUUAGAGAGGAGAAUUUGAAGAGCCCCAACAAGCCUUUGAUCAAGAGGAGUUUGAUUGAGCCUGAUUAUAGCUUCUAGGCUCUCUCUCUCUCUCUAGGCCUUAAAAUAAUCUCUCUCUCUCUCUCUCUCGGCCUUACAAGAAUUACUCUUCCUGUGCCUCUCUGUGUCUCUUUCUCUGUAAGCCUUGCAAGAAUCUCUCUCCCGCUCUCUCUCUUCCUUCUGUGUGUUUGUAUAGAGACUAAAAUGGGUUUCCCAAAAUAUUCUUUCCUUUCUGAUCACAGGAGACAAGCCAAGCACAAGGGAUAAAAUGCAGGACCUCCAUUUCUUUCCCUAUUUUUUUCUGUGUAGAAUGAGGACGAUGGGAUUUGUUUAGAGGUGAACACCACCAUGGAUCUAAACCGAUUCAAGAUUUAUUUUCAGCUAUCAUUGUCGAUGAAACUAUGAAUGUUUAAGAUUUAGUAUAUAAAGAUGCAGUAAGAUUUAGAAUA